AUGGGAAGAAAAACAAUUUUGUUUCUGAUUAUAGGGGUCCUUUGGGGAUAUUACAUUUAUAUUCCUCUCCCAGAUAAUAUUGAGGAACCUUGGAAAGUGAUGCAGACAAACACACCUGUGAACAUUAUAACCAAUGUGGCUUUGUUUGCUGAACUCUUGGGAAUCAGCCAUUUCAUAGACACUCUACAUUUCUUGAUGAGCUUUCAAGACGUUCCACCUACAUCUGAUGAAAAUGUCACCGUGUUGGAGACAACUUUCAACAAAGUUCCUGUUCGUGUAUAUGUGCCAAAGCGGAAGGCAGAGAUGCUACGAAGGGGUUUAUUUUACAUUCAUGGUGGUGGCUGGUGUUUGGGGGAUGCAGCUUUUUUUAAUUAUGACUUUAUGUCCAGGCGGACAGCUGACAGACUUGAUGCUGUUGUUGUAUCAACCAACUACAGACUAGCUCCUAAAUACCAUUUUCCAAAUCAAUUUGAAGACGUAUAUAAUGCCUUAAAGUGGUUCUUGCAUCAAGAUGUUCUCGAAAUAUAUGGUGUUGAUCCUGAAAGAGUUGGUGUUUCUGGAGACAGUGCUGGUGGAAAUUUAGCUGCAGCAGUGGCUCAGCAGCUCACAGAAGACCCUGAUGUCAAGAUCAAACUUAAGAUACAAUCGUUAAUAUAUCCAGCUCUUCAGACUCUUGAUAUGGAUUUACCAUCCUAUAGGGAACUCCCACAAUUUCCAAUGCUGACCAAACAAUUUAUGGUUAGGUUUUGGAGUGAAUACUUUACUACGGAUAGAUCACUUGAAAAAGCCAUGCUCUUAAAUCAACAUGUACCAGUGGAAGCAAAACAUCUAUUUAAAUUUGUUAAUUGGAGUUCCUUGCUCCCUGAGAAGUUUAAGAAAAGGCACUCUUAUAAUAGUCCAACUCAUGGUAAUUCUGAUCUGGCUAAAAAAUAUCCAGGGUUCCUAGAUGUGAGGGCAGCCCCACUGUUGGCUGAUGACAACAAAUUGAGUGGUUUACCCAGGAGCUAUGUCAUCACUUGUCAAUAUGAUGUCUUAAGAGAUGAUGGAGUCAUGUAUGUCACCCGCCUUCGAAAU